UACUAAAAGAAGAUACAUAAAUGGAAAUGGAAAUUGGAACAAAAAUCUUAACUUUAAAUACUGGAUUUGUAUAUUACUGCCACCCAGAUGGAAAAUUCCACAGCUUGUGAUCCUAUUACCCUUUUCAUCAAUAAUUAACCCAUAAUCGAUGCUAAUCUAUGAAUCUUUACCUGCCUCCGUGCUUCCCUCAACCAAGUCAACUCUGUCGAAGAAGAAGCAGACUUUGAGUUCUAUGAACCCCCAGAUUGCCUCAAAUUUCAUACCAUCCAUCUGCUGCUUUUUUCUUCUCCACACUCCCUUACAUUCGGGUGCUCUGUAAAGUCUCAAAAGAUAUCAUCUUAAGGGUAAUUGUCAUUUUCACCCUUCUGGGUCCCUCUGAAACUUUCGGUUUGUGCUGAACGGGAAGCCAUGAAUGGCCGUAGAGACGGGCCGUUGAUGAGGAACUCCUCGCAAGGAUCCACCAAAUCCAAGAUUGGGACUGCCAUAUUUAUUGGCGUCCUUAUUGGAUUCGUUUUUGCCUUCUUCUUCCCUGGUGGGAUCUUCAAAUCGAGCUCUCUAUCAAUUCGUGAUUCUCGUUCCGUGAAAUUCAUAGCCCAGACUGAUUCUAGUUCGUGCGAUUCAUCUGAACGAAUUGACAUGUUAAAAUCUGAGUUUAUAUCUGCAUCGGAGAAGAAUGCUCAGCUGGAAAAACAGAUUAGGGAACUAACUGAAAAGCUCAAGUUGGCGGAGCAAGGUAAAGAUCAUGCAGAGAAGCAAGUUCUUUCUCUAGGUAAACAGUCAAAAGCCGGGCCUUUCGGUACCGUAAAAGGUUUAAGAACAAAUCCACCUGUUAUUCCCGAUGAGUCUGUCAAUCCAAGAUUAGCAAAUAUAUUGGAGAAAGUUGCUAUUGAUAGAGAGCUUAUAGUUGCAGUAGCCAAUUCAAAUGUGAAGGCAAUGCUAGAAUUAUGGUUCACUAGCAUCAAGAAAGCAGGCAUUCCUAAUUAUCUUGUGGUUGCUUUGGACGAUGAAAUAGUUCAAUUCUGCAAAAAAAAUGAUGUUCCAGUGUAUAUGAGAGACCCUGAUGAAAAAGUUGAUUCCAUUGGAAGAACAGGAGGGAACCAUGCUGUCUCGGGGACAAAAUUUCGCAUCUUGAGGGAGUUUCUGCAGUUGGGAUAUGCUGUUUUACUAUCUGAUGUAGACAUUGUUUACUUGCAAAAUCCUUUCAAUCAUCUUUAUCGCGACUCAGAUGUUGAAUCAAUGACUGAUGGCCAUGACAAUGUUACUGCUUAUGGAUACAACGAUGUCUUUGAGGAACCUGCAAUGGGUUGGGCUCGAUUUGCACACACGAUGCGUAUCUGGGUUUAUAACUCUGGCUUCUUCUAUAUUAGACCAACUAUUCCUGCAAUUGAGCUUUUAGAUCGUGUGGCUAACCGACUUUCUCGAGAACGAAACUCCUGGGACCAAGCUGUUUUCAACGAGGAACUGUUUUUCCCUUCGCAUUCAAACUACGAGGGGCUUAACGCGUCUAGGAGAACUAUGGAUUUCUAUCUUUUUAUGAAUAGCAAAGUUCUAUUCAAGACUGUAAGGAAGGAUGAUAAUCUGAAAAAGUUGAAGCCAGUCAUUAUUCAUGUGAAUUACCAUCCUGAUAAGUUUCCUCGAAUGAAGGCCGUGGUCGACUUCUACGUCAAUGGAAAGCAGGAUGCACUGAAUCCUUUCCCUGAUGGUUCAGAUUGGUAAAAUUCUUAAUUUAUGCUUUUGCAUGCUUUUGCAGAUCAUAGGAUUUUACAUGGACAAAACAUUGGCUCAAAAAACAACAAAGUUGGAUGGUCUAACAAACCUUCAGGUCAAUUGAGGCUUGAGAGGAUCCUACUCUUUUCAAAUCACAGUGAUUAUUGUUGUCUUCCACAUGAUUUUUUGUACUGCUUUAUUUUAUAAAAGAAGGAAAAAGGAAAAGAUUACUCAAGAAAGAAGAGGCCUUCUUGGUUGUAACUUUUGUAUCUUUAAAAAAAUUUCUUAGUUUUGGCCACAAAAUGAACAAUGGAUGUUAGACUAUUAUGGCUUGCACUUCCUCUGCCUCAAUUGGUUUUGGUUGUAUGAAUUUCUUUUCUUGCA